AUGAGUGUGCAGAGGUCUGUGGGAACUGAAAAGCGCAAUGGAAGAGCAAACCAGGGUUUGAAGCAGCAGAUGCAGCAAGGAGUGUUCACUGCAAGCAAGAGCAGAAGCAAAGGAAAUAAUCUCCAAAGCACUGGAAAUGCUUUCUUUUUCUUACUGAGUUUAUCUUCUAUUCACAAGGAUGCUUCUCAAUAUAUCUCUUUAACCUCAUUAAUCAUUCCUAAAUUCCUAUUCACUUUUGUUGACAUAAGAAGAAUAUCCUUCUUACAAUGUAUGGUACAAGUGUAUAUUUUUAUUGCUUUGCAAUCUGCAGAGCUUCUGAUACUAACAGUGAUGUCCUAUGAUCGCUAUGUAGCAAUCUGUAACCCUUUUCACUACAGUUAUAUCUUAAAUAAGAAAAACUGUAUUUUACUUGUGGCUUUAACUUGGCUAAUAAGCCUUCUAGAUCCUGCUCCGAUUAUUAACAUUAUGUCACAUUUUCCCUUUCUUAAGUCUCGUGUUAUUGACCAUUUGUUCUGCGACCUAGUACCCUUGUUGGAGAUGGCCCAUGGUGAUACCUCUAAAGUGGAAACUUUAAUAGUUAUGGAAGGUGGAAGUAUAGUUGUAUUUUCCUUUGUUUUCACAGGUAUAUCCUAUAUUUUAAUAAUCAAGGUCAUCUCCAAAAUACCAUCUUCUAGUGGGAAGCAUAAAGCUUUUUCGACAUGUUCAUCCCACCUCAUUGUCAUUACGAUACUCUACUUGACCUUGUUUUUAGUCUACUUGAAACAGCCCAGUAAAAAUAAUUCUCAUAACACAAAACCAGUGUCUGUUCUAAAUACAGUUAUGAUCCAAAUUCUGAAUCCUUUAUUGUACAGCUUGAGAAACUCUGAAGUAAAAGAAGCUUUUCACAGAUGUCUUGGAAAGGCCAAUAUGAUCAACAGACAUGGUGGACUUUUAUCUUUAAGUCUCAAGUCUAGAAAAAAAAGGGGAAAUAUAACAAAUAUGAAAAAGAAACCAGCUUACUUGCUUCAGAAAGUCUGA